CACAUAAAGGCUUAUCUGUAAAGCAUUUGUCGUUAGCAGCGGCUAAGUCCAUUUUAAGUCCUAAAUACAUUUGAGAAGGUAAGUGCACUUGGCCAUUGUACCACUGGUGGAAGUAACUAAGUACAUUUACUUAAAGAUCCCCUCCACUCAAAAAUGUGCGUUUUCCCUUGUUGGUGAAGUGAAUCAUCUUGGCAUUGAAAUACUCUCUGAAGAAGCUAAAGUAGCGAGGUAGCUCAUUGGCUCAACGUCACAUCGCAGUCUUCUUGUUCUGAGCUCGUUCGUUCUACAUCUGGAUGUUUAGGUCGGAAGUGGCGGCGUUCUGUUGGUGUCCGUGAACAUGCGUGUCGCGGGGAAAAGGUCGCGUGUGUCCCGUCCCCACCCGUUGUUGUUUACAUAGCUCUGCUGUUUACUCAUUUCCGCUCGUUAGCAUCACCCGUCGCCACCGUCCAGCAGCGAUGUACAAGGAGGGGGAAGAGGUGCACGACGACUGCGGCUCCCGGGAGGAGUGGACGCUGCUGUUCUGGACCUCUCUGGCCGUCGUGGUCCCGGUCAUCAUCACGCUGUGGUGCAGCGCCCAGCGCUCCAAGCGGAAAACACACAUGAAGGAUUUCUUUCGCAAAAGCAAGCACGGCUGGCACUACACAGACCUGUUCAACAAGCCCACCUACUGCUGUGUGUGUAACCAGCACAUCCUCCAAGGGGCUUUCUGCGACUGCUGCGGCGUGUGCGCCGACGAGCAGUGCCUGCGCCGGGCCGACCGCAGCCUGCAGUGCAAGGAGAUCAUGGCCCCCUGUAGCCCCGACGGAGCCAUGGAGCAUCGCUGGGUCCGCGGAAAUGUCCCCCUCGCCAGCUACUGCGCAGUGUGCAAACAGCAGUGUGGGACCCAGCCGAAGCUCUGCGACUUCAGGUGUGUGUGGUGUCAGACCACAGUGCACGAUGACUGCAUGGACAGCCUGACGGAUGCAGACCAGUGUGAGCUGGGCGAGUUCCACAACCUCAUCAUCCCUCCUCACUACCUCUACCGUGUCAACAAGCUCCGCCGCAGGCAACCGGAAGAGUACAGCAAGCUGGCAUCUUCCUGUGGCAGUGGCUGGACUCCAGUGUUAGUCUUGGCUAACACGCGUAGCGGUAACAACAUGGGGAAGGCUCUGCUGGGAGAAUUUCGCACCGUUCUGAAUCCUGUGCAGGUGUUUGACCUGUCUGAGCUGACUCCCUCCAAAGCCCUCCAGCUGUGCACUCUGCUGCCCCCCGGCAGUGUCCGGGUGCUGGUGUGUGGGGGUGACGGCACAGUGGGCUGGGUGCUGGAUGCCAUCGAUACUAUGAAGCUGAAGGGCCAGGACCAGUUCAUGCCAAGGGUGACCAUCCUGCCUCUGGGGACAGGAAAUGACCUGUCCAACACUUUGGGCUGGGGUGCUGGCUAUGCUGGGGAGAUCCCUGUGGAACAGGUUCUCCGUAACAUCCUCGAUGCCGAGGUGGUCAAAAUGGACAGAUGGAAGGUGCAGGUGGCUUCAAAAGGCCUCUACUUUCGUAAACCAAAGGUUCUGUCCAUGAACAACUACUUCUCUGUUGGGCCUGAUGCUCUGAUGGCGCUCAACUUCCACGCACACCGCGAGAAAACACCCUCCUUCUUCUCCAGCCGCAUCAUCAACAAGACUGUAUAUUUCCUGUAUGGCACCAAAGAUUGUUUAGUGCAGGAAUGUAAGGAUCUGGAUAAGAGGAUUGAGUUGGAGUUGGAUGGAGAGAGGGUGGCGCUGCCCAGUCUGGAGGGCAUCAUAGUUUGUAACAUUGGCUACUGGGGCGGAGGCUGCAGACUCUGGGAGGGAAUGGGGGAUGAACCCUGCCCCCCCACACGGUUGGAUGAUGGUCUGCUGGAGGUGGUGGGCGUGUUCGGCUCCUUCCACUGUGCUCAGAUCCAGGUCAAGCUGGCCAAUCCUGUACGGCUGGGACAGGCCCACACUGUCAGGCUGGUCCUCAAGAGCUCCAAGAUGCCCAUGCAGGUGGACGGGGAGCCGUGGGCCCAGGGUCCCUGCACCAUCACCAUCACCCAUAAGACCCAGGCCCUCAUGCUGUACCACAGCGCCGAGCAGACGGACGACGACGACGACGACGAGUCCAGCGCCUCUGAGACAGAGAGCCCCACCCCCCACGACUCGCCACGGCCCCCGGGGCCAGCCUCCGCUCGUGCAUGACCCAGCCCAAACGCCAUGUGAUGUGGAGCUUCUCUCUCAUCUUAGGUUCUGUAUUGUUUUCUGCAGCCCAGUUUCUUAAUCUUAAUCCCUCCAUUGCAAUUGGCCCUUAAGCGUGAUUUAUGGUUCUGCAGAGGCUCCCCGCAGAGCUUUCUCCAUAGCCUACGUAAACUGAUGUUUAUACUUGUGCGUUGGUGUGUGCGUCGAUCUCUUUAAGAGAAUAGCAGGGCCGUGUGUGUGUGUGGGGAGUGUGUGGUAAAGUGAGAGAGUGACGGCGAUUAGUU